AUUUCAAGCUAAUCAAACUUGCCGUUUAAACCUUUGACCAGUGUGACUCCUCUCUUUUACAACCUGGUCGCUAACGUAGUUAAGGGAAGAAACUUUAAAUACAUAUCGUUCUUAUCACAUUACGAUCGAAUCAAGCCUUUGCUUUGGACAUCUCACCUGGACUAAACCGAGGUAUAGUCCUCGAAACUAUGGCAGGCGACGAGAAGGAGAACCAGAGAGAAGCCGAGACCUCCUCUGGUCCACAGACCUCCUCCGGUCCCCAGGCUCAGACCCUGUGUGAAGCCAAGCCUUCCUCUGGUCCCCAGACCCCCUCCGGUCCCCAGACCCCCUCCGGUCCCCAGACCUCCUCCGGUCCCCAGACCCCCUCCGGUCCACAGACCCCCUCCGGUCCACAGACCCCCUCCGGUCCACAGACCCGGACCCUGUGCCGCUUCUACUCACAGGGAAGACGCUGUAACUUUGGCAAAAGGUGCAGGUUUGUCCACGAAAGGAGCGAUUCUCACCUGAACCCUACUACGAUAGAGCAGGGAACGGAGCAAGACGAGUGUGAGGAAGGGUCUUUUACCAACCAGCCUGACAGAUCGAUGGUCACUGAAGGGGAGAUGGACCAUAAGCCAAAGCCACCUAUGGAGCGCAAGGUGGGCUCUGUAGCCAGGGGUGGAGGACCUACUCGUCGUACAUGUCGCUACUUUCUCUCCGGCUCCUGUACUAUGGAAGACAGAUGCCGGUUCUGGCAUCCACCCUCAAUGCCCCCACUGGAUGACCAGUUACCCCCUAAAGCUCAACACAGACCCUCCAAAGCGACGCCUGCUCCUCCCGUCACCCAUCUCCAGGAGGUCAGGCUUGGUGACAUUACAGAGGAGGUCACCAAAGAGCUCCGCGACACCGAGAUACAGCAGAUGAUGAAGCGUUUUCCCAAACAUCAGCUUAUGGUUCAGGAGCGAGGUGACGGCCAAGUAACCUUUUAUAGAGCCACUGUAGAAGCUACUGAUCCUGACUGGCCAUUUGACCUUAAAGAAGUGGUUAUAUUGGUCAGCUUCCCAGACAAAUACCCCCUGGAGAUAUUCACUCUAGACCUACCGCUAGACCAGGGCCUUCCAUCAGUAAUGGGCAGGUAUGUGCAGGAGGCGUCCCAGGCCUGGCUGCAGGCCAAGCAUGCGACCAACGAGCUGAUGGGGAAGGUGGAGCUGCUGUUCCGGCCGUACCUGCGCUGGCUGGACCGCAGCAUGGAGCGGCUGUUCACCGAGGGAGCCCGGCAGCUAAAGAAAGACAUGGACGUGGAGCGCGCCGGGCUGCAGUUCAUCCGCUUCGAGGAGCUCCAGGCCACGCUGUGUGAAGAGCCCGGCCGAGGGGACCCCGAUGGGGCCGACGAGGAGGAGGAGGAGGAGGGCGGGGGGCCGGGCCACCGGGACGACGGGGCGGAGGCCGGUUCACACGGGGGGAAGGCGGAGCGGACACGGGGCUGGGGCCGGGACGGGGAGGAACAGGAACAGGAGGACGAGGACGAGGAGUCGAGCCGUCUGGUGGAGAACAUCAAGCUGAGCGAGCCCCGCAGGGGGACGGAGGUGAAGCUGCUGGGCCUGAGCCUGGGCGACAACACGGCCACGGUGCUGGCCCGCCGGAUCACCGUGUGCCUGCAGUGCAACCGCUGUAAAGUGACGGCGGACCUGACGCUGGGCGUGACCCUGCCGUGCACGGCCCAGUGUGAGAAGUGCAGCGCGAGCAUCGGCGCCACCUUCAGGCCCAGCCUGCUCCACGCCUACAGCGACGUGCUGGGCUACCUGGACCUCCACAACGCCGCGCCCACCGACCUGGUGCUGCAGGACUGCGAGCUCACCGCGGGCUGUCUGCACUGCUCGCAGGACGGCCCCGUGCAGAACGUCUGCUAUGGUCAGACCAAGGAGCUGAAUUGCGAGCACUGCCACAGUAAACUCAGCAUCCUGGCAGAGAGCGCCAGGUUCCAGUACAUCCCGCCACGCUCCAACAAAGCAGGACCUAAAGAUUCAACUCCCAACUAUGGGAGGAAGGUGAGGGAUCCGGCCGUGCAAAAGGGAAAGCCACUACCAGAGAAGGGGGCCUGCAAGCAUUACAAACAGAGUCACCGCUGGCUACGGUUCUCCUGCUGCGGACGGGCCUACGCCUGCGACGUGUGCCACGACGAGGACCAGGACCACCUCAUGGAGCUGGCCACCAGGAUGAUCUGCGGCUACUGUGCCACGGAGCAGCCUUACGGUAACGGGAAGCCCUGCGGGGGCUGUGGGGGUAUGAUGACCCGGGGAGCUCACAGCAGCUUCUGGGAGGGGGGCCUGGGAUGCAGGAACAAAGUGAAGAUGAGCAGAAACGACCGGCAGAAAUAUGCCAACACCAACAAGACCAUUUCACGGAAGGCGGCGGCUGACAAGAAGUAGAUGUGUGGCCGUGUCACAUGACCGGGGACAGGUGACAUAUCAUGCAGAUCUUUGAACUGAAUAUGAAAUACAAAAUAUGUAUAAAUUACGGUUUGCUAAUCAUAACUGAUCUGUUGUGUGCGGUUCUUUUGUCGAUUUACCGAGCUGAAGGGGUAAACGGAAGACAAGAAGAGUCAUGAUUCUUGGCAUAUGAUACAGAUCCUGUUGAGUUUUAAUUAGAUAAACAACCUUUGUUUAAAUCAACAUUUGUUGAUCCUCACAUUUCAUCAUUCCCAGAAUGAACCACUUGAGAAUGGAAACAAACAUUUUGAUUGCGAUUGCAUUUUUCUUUAUUUUGCGAAGAUUGACAGGCCCUUUAUUCCGUGUUCAUAUCAGAACCGAGGAAUAUUGGGAGCAUAGUUCAAAAGUUCAAAAUGGAAGCAUUAUAAGGCGGGUUAACGAAAGGCCUUAAUCCUGUUCAAUGUACUGGUAGAGUGACAGGGUCCGGGUCAACCAGAGUCCCGGUAAGGACUACAUAACUUCUUUCAUUAGGCAAAUGAUCCAUAGUUUAGCAAAAUGUUUGCAACAAAUUGUCAGCCUUUUCCCUUAAGCAUUUGAAUCACCCGAAUGUAAAGUUUGAAACACCUACUGUGCAUUAAGUCAAACUAUUUGACCACUAUAACUGUAAAAAUGUAAUGUGAAAUAAAAUAAUUAAUUUGAUUUGAA